AUGCAUGAUUGUGAUUUGCACCUUUCUAGCACUUUCAUUCUUGAUCUCUUCGGCCUUUCAAUGCCACGUGAGAAGUUGGAGUCUCAAGUACCUAGACUGGUCGCAUCGAAAACACUGCAUCCAGGCAGAGAUCUCGUGGUCUGGCUAUGCUAUCCCGGACGUCAUUACCGAUUUUAUUCUUUUGCGUUCCCCAAUACUUCUGGUCUGGAAACUGCAGCUUUCAGUGUCGAAGAAAAUCAGCGUGUUAUUGGUUUUCCUUCUCGGAUCUCUCUCUACUGCAGUUGGAAUCACCGGGAUUGUAGUGAUUUUGUAUUUCACCCACGACUUGCUCGACACCAUCGCGACGGCUCUAAUAUGGAGUCUGGUGUAAGCGUCUGUGGCGAUCAUUGCAGCCUGUCUGCCCUCUAUCCGGCCGCUGAUCCACAGAUCCUCAGCCAGCCUCGGGAGUCAUACGCAAACUUAUGA